CUCUCUCUCUCAUUCUUGACUUCUGUUUCAGACUCUCAAGAGAGCGCGCCUGCCUGCAAACCUCAGCACCGAGAGAGAGAGGUUGAAAGCAUAUCACCAAGCCCUACACUCCGUUGUUACUGAUUCUCAUGGAGAAUCUCUCUCACUCUCGCAGUAACCCAAACAGGUCAAAGAAACCAUCUCACAACGUUAACGGCAAAACAUCAAACACAGCCACAACAUACGACGACGUUUUCGGCGGUCCUCCUAGGUUCGGACCUCCAACUCUAUCCCCUCGUCUCGAAGACUACUGCGAAAUCUUCUCAGGGUUCAACGGCUCCUCACGCGCCGCCGUCUCCUCGAUUCCGGUCCUCGAUCUCCCCAUCGUCGACGAUAGUAAAGGUGUCUACUUUGAUGUCCGGAGAGAGAGUUUCGAUUACAGAGAAGUCUUCGGAGGUUUCAAUGAUCUCGAUUUCGCUCCCUCCUACGAGGAGCUCUUUAUGCAGAGGAGGUCUACUACGGUGGCUGAUGGAGAUUCCUCCGACGAUGCUUGGACUCCUGAAGAAGUAGAGACAGAGCAUUCUGAGAAAAGUCCUUCCUUUUCUAACGGAAGAGAUUCUUAUGAUUCGGUUGAUGGAUGUACGGAGUUCAACAUCUCUUAUAACAAAGCUACUCAGAUGAACGGGACAAGCAUCUCCGGUGGUGUGACACGUGUAGCUGAUCUUGGUGGUUAUACUGUUGCGGUUGAUGAGAUGGUUGGUGGGAAGAAAGAGACGGGUCCCUCUUCUGUUGGGAGAGGUGAGAGUAAUAAAUAUGUCUUUGAAGAUAAGGAUGAUCAAAAGUAUUAUGCUAGUGAACCUUUUGUGACUGUUUCUGAGAUUGGUUUGAGGACUCAUCCUACUGGUAUACCACCUCCUUCGAGACCACCUCCUGUGUUGAUGAAGAGUGAUUUUAGAAGGUCGGGUUCUAAUUCUAGAACUACUGGAUCUGAUGGGUCCAUGGAUGGGAGUUCUCCACCGUUUUUUGAUGUUGAGGUUGAUGCAAGUUCAGCUGCUGUGAGAGACGCUAUGGUUAAAGCUGAGGCUAAACUUAAAAGUGCAAAAGAGCUGUUUGAAAAGAAGCAAACCUCCAUGAAUAAUAGAAUGAGCGAGGAAGGGAAAUCGAGCCAUGCAGCUAGGAAACCUCUGAGGGCUGAGCGUGGAAGUAAGUCUCUUUCUUCUCAAGGGUCUGUAAAUUCUGAUGGAAAUGAGGAAUGGGAAGAGGCUACACAAUUUGUUGAAUUGGUGAGAACAGAGCAACCUAGAAAUGCUGAUGAGAACAGUGGUGGAGAAGAUGUUUCUUUUCCUCUUAAUUCCGGGUUUUUCGAUCAGAAGCUGAGCAGAGCAAAAGGAGAUAGGGAGGAUCAUGAAGGCAAGAAGUUGCCAAAACACCCUGGAACGAGAAAGGUAGCGUCUAGGCAUAAGAGACACGAGGACAGGCAUGCAAAAAGAGCUACUGAAGAGCCAAAGAAUGAGAAGUUGAGAGAUGUUGAGCUGCAAUUUGAGAUAGGCAACAGUUUAACUGAUCAUGGUGGAAUAGUGAAACAAAGAAACCUGAUUAGGCCAGAAGAAAACAAGCACUUUAGUGGAGAAAAGCUAGCAAAGCCAAAGAACCAGGAUUGUGUGUUUGAUUGGGAACAAAAUGCGAGAAAGCUCAGGGAGGCUCUUGGUCUAUCAGAUAAUGAAAGCACGCUAGAGGUUCCCCUGGGAAUGAAUGGCGAAAUGGACGAGAGUGAGACAAAACUGAAGGAGGCUUUGAGGCGUGUGGAGGAGGAAACUAGCUCUAAAGAGGCUUGUGUAAUGGAAGAAAGAGAGAAGGCAGAAAAUGAGAAAAGACUACACGCAGCUUUGGAGCAAGAAGAGAAGGUCAAAAAGCUUAAGGAAGCUCGUGAAAAAGAAGAGAACGAACGAAAAGCGGCAGAGGCUCGCCAAAAGGCAGAAGAAGAAAAGAAAAUGAAAGAACAAGAAGAGUAUGAAUUGCGGCUAAAAGAAGCCUUUGAAAAGGAAGAAGAAAACCGUAGAAUGAGAGAGGCUCGCGAUAAGGCAGAACAAGAAAGGAGAAGGAAAGAACAAGAAGAGUAUGAAAGGAAGCUAAAAGAAGCUUUUGAAAAGGAAGAAAAGAACCGUAAAAUGAGAGAGGCCCGUGAGAAGGCAGAGAAUGAAAUGAAAAUGAAAGUUGCACUUGAACAAGAGAAAGAGCGGAAAAGAAAAGAAGCACGUGAAAAAGAAGAAAACGAACGAAGAAUAAAAGAGGCUCAUGAGAAGGCAGAGAUGGAAAGGAGGAUGAAAGAGUUGCAAGAGAGGGAAGCAUAUGAGAGGAGGAUGAAAGAGUUGCAAGAGAGGGAAGCAUAUGAGAGGAGGUUGAAAGAGGCUCUUGAGCAGGCAGAGAAUGAGAGGAGGUUGAAAGAGGCACGUGAAAAAGAGGAGAAUGAGAAGAAGCUGAAAGAAGCUAUUGAGCUUGAAGAGAAAGAGAAAAGGCUGAUAGAAGCUUUUGAGAGGGCGGAGACUGAGAGAAGACUGAAAGAGGAGCUCGAGCAAGAAGAGAUGAGGCUGCAAGAGACCAAGGAAAGAGAAGAAAGAGAAAGAACACUGAGAGAAAAUCAAGAGCGCCAGGAAAAGGAAAUGAAACAACAUAAAGAUACAAGAGAAGCGAGAGAAGGAGACACAUGUGAAAUGGAGAAUACGUGUGAAACCACCAAUGAGAAUGGAGGGCAAUGGUUGAAAGAGAAUCUUAGCGCCAGUUCAGAAGAGGAUGAGAGAGUAGAAAACCACGAACCAGUGAACAAGGUUCUAGUGGAAGAAGGACCAAGCCAUAGAGUCUCUGUGUCCGAAGAAGACUGUCACUGGAAGGUAUUUGAAAAGAAUCUUAAAGAUGCAAGUCAAAAAGAAGGAACCAGUGAGGUGGAUGCUGAAUCUAGAAAGCUAAAUGGAGAAUCAGGUGAGGAAUCCGCUUCUGUGACUAACAAUGUCCAAGGAGGAAAGCUCAACCAGAAAAGCAAAAAAUCUGAAAGCAAUGGGAGUGUUGGUGGUGAUCAAAGGAAUCCAGAGGAAAGCAAGUGUGCUACUAACAAAGCAUCCUCUGGUUUCAGAAACCAUGAAGAUGCAAAAAUAGAAAGACCACUGCCUUCUAGAGUAUACGUGCAACGCGAGAAAGAAGCAGAGAGGCUAAAGCGAGAACUAGACACUAAGAUGGAGCGUCUAAGAAAGAUAGAGGAAGAAAGGGAGAGGGAAAGGGAGAGGGAGAAGGAUCGAAUGGCUUUUGAUCAGAGAGCCUUGGCUGAUGCACGUGAAAGAUUGGAGAAAGCAUGUGCUGAGGCCAGAGAGAGGUCUUUCCCUGAUAAGGCAGCAAUGGAGGCAAGGCUUAAAGCAGAACGUGCAGCAGUAGAGAGAGCCACCGCUGAAGCUCGUGAACGUGCAGCUGAAAAGGCUGCUUUUGAGGCAAGAGAUCGGAUGGAAAGAUCAGUUUCUGAUAAGCAGUUUCAGAGUUCAGGUUUGUCUGGUGAGCGGAUGGAAAGAUCAGUUUCUGAUAAACAGUUUCAAAACUCAGCCUCUUUUGGUGCUUCAAGAUUUCAAAACUCUCCUGGUGCUGAUGGAGAAUCACCUCAAAGGUAUACAUCGAGACUAGAAAGGCAUCGAAGAACAGCUGAUCGUGUGGCUAAAGCUUUAGCAGAGAAGAACAUGCGUGAUCUCGUGGCUCAGAGGGAACAAGCAGAGAGAAAUAGGAUUGGUGAAACCUUAGACGCGGAAGUAAAGAGAUGGUCAAGUGGGAAAGAAGGAAACAUAAGAGCAUUACUCUCAACAUUACAAUACAUCCUCGGUUCUGAAAGCGGUUGGCAACCAAUACAUUUAACAGAAGUCAUAACAUCAGCAGCUGUGAAACGAGCUUACAGGAAAGCAACACUUUGUGUUCAUCCAGACAAGUUACAGCAACGAGGUGCAAACAUUCACCAGAAAUAUAUCUGCGAGAAAGUCUUUGAUCUUCUUAAGGAAGCUUGGAACAGAUUCAACUCAGAAGAAAGGUAGAGAGAGAGAGCCCCUUUGUGUUGUGGACUUUGACCUCCUUGGUAUAUUGCUCAGAAGAAAAGGCUUUGAUUUUUUUCUUUUCCUUUUUUAUAUAAAAAUUUGUAAAGUCGUGCUUAUUAACAAAACAAUUAUUCAUUUAAUCUGACCAGCUUUGAACAAUCAAAACGUGUUAUUCGUUUGUUUGACCUAAUGAAAUUACAAGCCAAGUCUCGUGGAUUGUGUUA